UAAUUUAGUGUGUACAUAUAUAUAAAAAACAAAGCAUGACCACUGUCGUGUUUAUUAUCGUCCUUGUGAUCUUCGCAGCGAGUCUUCACGACGCCGGAGCAACUACCAUGGACCCGUGUCUCGAAUCAACGAAGACAGCUUCACUGCCUGAUCUUCCUUACGCUUAUGAUGCGCUAGAGCCAGUUAUUAGCGAGGAGAUCAUGCGGCUACAUCACCAGAAACACCACCAGACUUAUGUCACUCAGUACAACAAAGCCCUUAACAGCCUUCGCUCUGCCAUGGCCGACGGUGAUCACUCCUCCGUCGUCAAACUCCAAAGCCUCAUCAAGUUCAACGGCGGAGGUCACGUUAACCAUGCAAUCUUCUGGAAAAACCUAGCCCCUGUUCAUGAAGGAGGUGGCAAGCCACCGCAUGAUCCUUUGUCUUCGGCGAUUGAUGCUCAUUUUGGAUCCUUCGAGGGAUUGAUCCAAAAGAUGAACGCAGAAGGAGCAGCUGUGCAGGGAUCUGGAUGGGUGUGGCUUGGAUUAGACAGAGAGCUAAAGAGACUCGUCGUCGAGACCACAGCCAAUCAGGAUCCAUUGGUGACAAAAGGAACACACUUGGUUCCUCUAAUCGGGAUUGACGUGUGGGAGCAUGCCUACUAUCCACAGUACAAGAAUGCAAGAGCGGAGUACUUGAAGAACAUAUGGAGCGUGAUCAACUGGAAAUAUGCUGCGGACGUGUUCGAGAAGCAUAGUCGUGAUCUUGAUACAAACUGAGCUAUAAAAUAUGCACCUGUAGAGAGUCUAUAGUUUUGUUUUUUGGGUGAUAUAUGUUGUCUGUAGAGAGUCUAUAGUUUUGUUUAGCUAUAAAAUAGAACCGAAGCUUUGAGUAAUAAGCGAAGUUGCAGUAAUACGUUUAAAACCUUGAAAAAUAAUGAAUGUUUGUUAAUGGUUUUUUA